CCUGCGGAAGAUCAGCAGCCGAAAGGGGUUCGAGCGAAAGAGAAGUGUGUGGGUUGGCAAUAGAAGAGUUCCUUUAUUUAUUUUGCACGAGCAAGGGAAAAUUAUCCUUGCGGGAGGAAGCAACGAGCGAGGGACUUUGUUGUGGUGUGAGAAAGGGGAGGGGUGCGCAGGGAGAUCCGUCGGAGUGACGACAUAAGGGAACCCUUCUCGGCGAGCGAGCGAAAGGGAAUCCUGUGGCUUGAGCGACUGCCUGGAACCGGGAGAGAGAAGAACUGUCGGGCUCUCAAGCCUCCUCACCCCACCCUAGAAGCCACCAAUCCGUUGCUGCGCGUAGCGAGGCUGAGGUUGGGUUGGUCGCUCCAGGCAGAGAUCUGAGCGAACGAGCGAGGAAGGGAAGGUGAAAGUUGCUGCUCCCGCCGCUUCGGGCGCUCCUACACCCCCUCUCGCCUCGUCUCUCGACCGCGAGAGCCUCGCCCCCCCCUCUUGUCUCCUCCCCCCCUCUUUCUCGCUGGGAAAGCGUGCACCCUCCCUCCUGCUCUUCCCAAAUGGCACCUGGCGGCCGCAGCAGCACCAUGCAGUCUCCUUCCCCUCUUCGGGCGCUCCUCUAAGCCCGUGCCAUGCUGCUGCCGCUCCUCCCGGCGCUGCUGGCCGCUUUCGCGCCACCCCUUCCAUGCCGAGGCUGGUCCCCCUCGGCUGCUUCAGACUCGGGGCAGAAAGGACCCCCCGAGCUCACGCUGCCGCCUAUCAACGCCUCUUCUUCUCCCUCGGCGCCAAAGCCCUCGGCAGCCGAGGACGCCUUGGCCGGGGACUUCUCAGAAGGCAGCCGAGCGGCAACUGAGACGGCGGAAAGGAGCGGCCCCGGCGCCACCGCGGCGGCUGGCGGGGCCCCUUCGCCGGGGCCGCCCCGCCCCGCGCCUCAGCAGCAGCCCCGCGAGGAGCCACCGUGCAACAUCAGCGUGCAGCGGCAGAUGCUGAGCUCGCUCCUGGUGCGCUGGAGCCCGCUGGGGUUCCAGUGCGACCUCGUGCUCUUCUCCACCAGCGGCCCCAGCGAGCGCGCCUUUUUCUCGGCCGCCUUCCACCGCGUCGGGCCGCCGCCGCUACUCAUCGAGCACGUCGGGCUGGCGGCUGGCGGCGUCCAGCAGGACUUGCGCCUCUGCGUGGGCUGCAGCUGGGCUCGGGGCAGGCGCGUCGGCCGCCUCCGCCCGGGAGCCUCCAACCCGCCCUCCUCGUCGUCGCCUUCCUCCGCUGCCUUCUUUUCCUCCUCCUUGCCCUCUUCGGAUCACGGACAACCCUGGCAGCAAGGGGAGCGGCUCCAUUUCUGCUGCUUGGAUUUCAGCUUGGAGGAGCUGAAGGGGGACCCCGGUUGGAGGAUGAACCGAAAGCCCAUUGAAUCCACCUUGGUGGCUUGUUUCAUGACUCUGGUCAUCAUAGUGUGGAGCGUGGCCGCCCUCAUCUGGCCGGUGCCCAUCAUCGCUGGCUUCUUGCCCAACGGCAUGGAGCAAAGGAGGAGCGCCGCCGCCUCAGGAAGCACACCUGGAACAGCUGCAGCUCCUAAAUGACUCCCCCCCCCACGUCCUCCAGCGCGCCUUCGCUUCUUCCGCGUUGUCUGAUCUAAUCCGGGUCCGAUCCGUCUUGUGGACACUAGAUGGGCUUCUGGGGACCUUAUAAGUUUUUGUAACGCUUAAAGGCAUAUAUUUUGUAGAUUAAAGUCAAGCCAUCUUCUUGGCGUUGAAUGCAGAAGACUGGACUUGGGUGGAAAUCUUAUAGUUGGAAGGUUUCUUGCCAGUAAAUCUUUUGGAGACCACCCUCUCCCUGCUUUUAGCUUAAUAAUCAAAGGAACAAAUAAUCGAAUAGAUAUAUUGUGUGCUCAGAUUCAUAUCUAAAAAAAAAAGACCAAAACCUGUGUAUUUGCUUUAUAUAUUUAAAACUCUUUUUACGUCAAUAUUUUAGAAAAGACCACACACACACAAAUCCAGCGCACUUUGCUGUAGCUGUGUGUCAGAGUACUUAUUUGUACAUGAAUACACUUUGUCUUUGCAAGUUUUUAUUUAUCAAAAGAGAAAACUUCUUUUUGGCAGGAUUUAAAUUUGCUAACACAAUGUAUAUUCCUAGAAAACCAGGUCUUCACUCUUUUACAAUGCGUGUGUUUCUUAUUAGAGAUGUGUGAUUACUAUUGUAAAUCUGUUGGUUUAUGAAUACAGAGAUUUUCUUUGUCAAAACGUUUAGAGUUUGCUUGAUCUAUAUCUCUCAGAAUGGCUGACUUCAGAAAUUCCCAAAGCAAAUCAGGUCAAGCGGUAGGAAAAAUGAAGAUGAAGGCUUGUUUACACUUCUGCCAUCCAUUAUAAUAAUAAUCCCCCGUUCUUGUGAAUAAGUCACAAGCUUUGAACUCACUUUAGCUAUUGAAUUGUUUACACAUUCAAGGAGUAGGUCAAAGGUUUAAAUAGUCUGUAACCUCUGCCAGGGACUUCUCUCUUUUAUCCCAGGAUAAGUAAUAAUGCAAUGCAAAUAAAAGCAGGGUGCCAUCUUGGUAGGCAAGUGAUACACAGUGACCUGUGGAUGACCCAAGAGAGUGUUCUCCUACAGCCUAGUACUAAAUUAUAUUAAUCUAGAAUGUUAAUUCUAAAUUUAAUUUAAAAAAUACAAAAUGCAUUUUGUGUUUAAAUCAUCAGCAAAUAAUGGAUUGAUGUUUGUAAGGCAACCUACUAUUAAGAAUGCUAGCUAAGCUAAAAAAAACCCCAGUAAUGCUUCAUCUGUGCAUUUGACAUGAAGAAAGAAUUAAUAUAAAAUGGAGAUACCACCAUAAGGCAUAUAUUCUAGCAAUUAGCCCUUAUAUUUUAAGGGUUCUCCUGCAGACUUUACCAGGGUAGCACAAAAUAACCAUCCAUUUGUAUUUUCUCUGACUACUGUAGUGCUUCCCAAUCUGGCAAGAGAUUUGUUGAUAUAAGCAAGAUAUCCUGCAAGAGAUUUGUUGAUGCUUAUGUGCACCUAUACAAACAUCCCUAUGUGCAUCACAAUGAUGAACCUCAUUGAAUUAGCUUGAUACAUUUUUUUUUUAAAAAAAUUGAGUAAAGAUGUACAAAUGCAUCCAGGGUCAGCAGUUAUGUGUGACUUAACCACAUGUGACUACAGUUAAACUGGGAAUUCAGGCUGUUAACAAAGGGAACAGUUGGACAACCUAGUCUUUGACCCUGAAAGUAUCCAUUGGUCUAUUGAUAUUCAGUGAGGGAUGUGUUCUUAAUGAACCAAAUUAUAAUAUUUAGGCUAAUGUGAGAGCUAUUUGCAUCCCUCCACCAGAAGUGGAAAAUGUAAGAAAAGUUAUUUGUCUGUUGUACCUUCAAUAACUUGAGUUGAUUAAUCAGCAUCCAAAACUUAAAAUGGAAGGGUCCCAAGAGGAUAGCAUUUGUUUCUAACUAAAUAUGUACAUCUCUUCCUAGAUGCUUCCAAAUGAUGUAGGGCUUCCAAUACAAAUAAUAAACGUAUAUAGUUUUAGGGCACAGUAUAAUAUUGCAAUGGAUCUGGACUGCACUUUUUUAAUUUCAAAGGAAUGGCAUUGUUACUUGUGAUUUCCUUCUACCUUCAUGGGUAAGACCAACAUCCUAUACAUGUUUGAAGUUUAUUUAAUUUGGUGAGG